CCUCACAGCUGGGGAAGGAGAGGAAGAAACUUCGUUCUUGGGCUGUGGGGAGAAGUUUUCAUCCCACUUUAUCCCUGAAAUAUGUUCCUCCCCUGGGUGUCCGUUCUUACACUACUUCCGGUUCUGGAGGGGGCUAAUGGAGAGUCCGUGACACAACCUGAUGACCGAGUGACUGUGUCCCAAGGGGAACCAGUGCUUCUGAAAUGCAUCUUUGACACUUCCUAUACUACUUCCACACUCUGGUGGUACCAGCACUACCCAAAUGAAGCCCCUCGCCUCUUGCUGACACAACAUGAAGCAUCGGGUGAGGAGGAGAGAAGGAGCCGGCGAGGGUUCUCCGCCACACCCGACAAACAGGAGAAGACCUUCCACCUGAAGAAAAACUCCAGUGAACUGCGCGACUCCGCCGUCUAUUACUGCGCCAUGAGCGACACAGUGAUUGCGCCCGGCAGAGUCGCUGCACAGAAACCCGCGGGGGGAAGAGGAGGCGGCACUAAGGAUGUGUGGGUUAGAGCCCCAGAGGAACAGACUUUGCAGAGCGCCAGUGGAGUCAGUGAAUCCCAUCGCCAGGGUGUAAAUGUGCAGAGCUACACAGGAGUCAACGGGCCAGAUCCCAGGCUGCUGGGACUGGGCGGAGCUCAGUGGAAGCAAAUGAUCCAGUUCCUCAAAAUGUUUAAAAUCAGUGAGGAAUUGCACAGGAGUCAGCUGAGCUGCACUGGUUCCUAUCAGCUGAGGAUCUGA